AUGCCAUCAUUCAACAGAAUUGCAGUCUACGGACACCGGGGUUGGGCGAGCUCAGCCAUUGUGGACGCACUCAUCGCGUCCGGUGCGCCACUGAAAGUGCUCUACCGUCAUGAUUCGGAUGUGAGUCGUCUUCCGGAUGACUUGCCUAAAGUUGCAGUCGAUCUAGAUGAUGAGGAAGCUCUUAUCGGCGCACUGGAAGAUGUCGAUAUCCUCAUCUCCUUGGUCGGCCACGAAGGUGUUAUAAAGCAGUAUAACUUCAUACGAGCCAUUCCAAAGACAAAUGUCAAGCUCUUUGUGCCAUCUGACCUUGGCUAUCGCGUUGAUGAGGAGAUGGCAACUAUUCCUGUCCUAAAGGCCAAAGCUGAGGUGGAAAAAGCCUCCAAAGACGCUGGCAUACCUACCACUGUGGUUUUGCCAGGCAACCUUGCUGAGUCGACAUUUGACUCCCUUCUUCUUGGGAUUGACGUUGGCGGCAAUCGAAUUGUUUAUACCGGCGACAGCGAGCACCAGAAAAUGAAUAUCUGUACGAGAAAGUAUAUUGCCGCAGCUUACGCUGCGAUAUUUACAAAGACCCCAAUAUCUCAGCUUCAGAAUCGGAGCAUUGGGCUUUCAGAAUUCAUCGUUACUGGGUCUGACGUUGCUGCGGCGCUGGAACGCAAGCAUGGGACACCUCCCCAGAUCUUUCGGGCGAGCGUCGAGCGUGUUACCAAAGAAAUCGAGGCCCGUCUGCAAAAGGACGAUGUUUCUGCGAUAUCGCUUGCAUAUCGCCUACCUUGGGCGACCGGCAAACACUUGGAACUUGUCGGUACUGAUGUUUGGGACGUUGCAGGCUAUCAAAAGACAACACUUGACAAAGUGGUUGUGGAGGGUGAUUUAGAGCCGUUCAAGGCCUUUCCACCUCAGUUUGCCGCACUCAUGGAGACAACAUUCUUUUAA